AUGGUGAUGGUGUGUGCCUCCUUGUGGACAACAAGGAAUGAUUUGGUAUGGCGUAAGAAGCAAACAUCGAUUGAAGAAAUUAUUGUGUCUUCUAAUCUCUCCCUUUAUCAUUGGUUACGUGCUCAAAAUAAUCCUCUCAUUCCAUGGUUGAAUUUUCUUAUUCUUGAAGACGGUACUGAGCACUGGACUAAACCUAUUAAUGAUUUGAUUAAGGUAAAUGUGGACGCAACUAUUUUUGAUAAUUGUGAUUGUCAUAGCUUUGCUUGUGUGGCUAGAAAUAAUACUUCUCUUCUUUUAAGUGCUAUCUCUAGUUGUCGGCUUGGUGUUUUUCAACUGGGUCUUGCUGAAGCAAUAGGCGUGAAUGAAGCUUUAAGUUGGAUCAAGAGGAACAAUUGGGAAAAGAUAGUAGUAGAAAUGGAUUGUUUUGUGUUGGUUCAAGCUAUUCAUAACCCUCAUCCUUUGAAUUCUUAUUUCGAUGCGAUUGUCGAAGAUUGUCAAAGGCAGAUUGAAACCCUUAGGAAGCGGAACCUCAUCUAUGUGCUUGGUGCACAACUCCGCUUCCUCUUAUUCAGAGUUAGAGUCUCCUUCGCACUAUCUCUUGGCCAUUAUGGCUAG